UAGUUCAGCGAGUCGCCGGCGCCGCCAGUGGGUAAAGUAGGGGACCCGGCGACCGGACAGCCUCGCGUCGACCCCCUGGCCCGUCUGCCCGCCCCCGCGGGUCUCCUCUUUCAGAAUGACGCUGGACGUGGGGCCGGAGGAUGAGCUGCCCGACUGGGCCGCGGCCAAGGAGUUCUACCAGAAGUACGACCCUAAGGACGUGAUUGGCAGGGGCGUGAGCUCUGUGGUCCGCCGCUGUGUUCAUCGAGCCACAGGCAGUGAGUUUGCAGUAAAGAUCAUGGAGGUGACCGCUGAGCGGCUGAGCCCCGAGCAGCUGGAGGAGGUGCGGGAAGCCACACGGCGAGAGACACACAUCCUGCGCCAGGUCGCCGGCCACCCCCACAUCAUCACUCUCAUCGAUUCCUACGAGUCUUCUAGCUUCAUGUUCCUGGUGUUUGACCUGAUGCGGAAGGGGGAGCUGUUUGACUACCUCACAGAGAAGGUGGCCCUCUCAGAGAAGGAAGCCAGGUCCAUCAUGAGGUCUCUGCUGGAAGCGGUGAGCUUUCUCCACGCCAACAACAUUGUGCACCGAGACCUGAAGCCCGAGAACAUCCUCCUGGAUGACAACAUGCAGAUCCGACUUUCGGACUUCGGGUUCUCCUGCCACUUGGAACCCGGCGAGAAGCUUCGAGAGCUGUGUGGGACCCCAGGGUACCUGGCUCCUGAGAUCCUCAAAUGCUCCAUGGAUGAAACUCACCCAGGCUACGGCAAGGAGGUCGACCUCUGGGCCUGUGGGGUGAUCCUGUUCACACUCCUGGCUGGCUCCCCGCCAUUCUGGCACCGGCGCCAGAUCCUGAUGCUGCGCAUGAUCAUGGAGGGCCAGUACCAGUUCAGCUCGCCUGAAUGGGAUGACCGGUCCAACACCGUCAAAGACCUGAUCUCAAGGCUGCUGCAGGUGGAUCCCGAGGAGCGCCUGACAGCCGAGCAGGCCCUGCAGCACCCCUUCUUUGAGCGUUGCCAAGGCAGCCAGGCGUGGAGCCUCACUCCCCGCCAGCGGUUCCGGGUGGCUGUGUGGACUGUGCUGGCUGCGGGACGAGUGGCCUUGAGCGCUCACCGCGUACGACCACUGACCAAGAGUGCCCUGUUGAGGGACCCCUACGCCCUGCGGCCGGUGCGGCGCCUCAUCGACAACUGUGCCUUCCGGCUCUAUGGGCACUGGGUGAAGAAGGGGGAGCAGCAGAGCCGGGCGGCCCUCUUCCAACACCGGCCGCCGGGGCCGCUUCCCGGCCUGGGCCCUGAGGACGAGGGGGGCUCAGCUGCCGUCACCGAGCAGACCGCGCUGGCGCUGGGCUAGGCCCUCAGCCCCGGGAUCCCCAGGAGUGAGGACGAGGGGGGCUCAGCUGCCGUCACCGAGGAGCAGACCGCGCUGGCGCUGGGCUAGGCGCUCAGCCCCGGGAUCCCCAGGAGCAAUCAUUCCAGCCCUCUGGGCGCUCGGCCUCAGGCCCGCCACUGACCAUGCCACUCUGAGAGACUGCGGUCCAGUGCACCUGCCUCGCUGGCCAGGGCUUGGAGAGCAGAGCUGGUGCGGGAGGGAACUAUCGCAAACACCACGCCGGGCCUUGUCAGGGCUACCCAUGCUGUGCAUGAAAUAAAACCGUCUCCACGCCAGGGAGAGCAGGCACCCUGUGUGUGGUGUCCGGCU